AUAAAAUUGCUCGUGUCGUUGUAAUUAAGACUUCGUCCGCAAAUUCAUUGAUCCACUUGAGUAAAUCGAGUAACUCGACGUUUAAGCGCCUCUUUGUGUGCAAACUUUUACGAUGACCUACUCUCCAAUUUCGGUGGAGCCUUACGUAAUUUCUUUGAUGCCACCUAUUUUUAGACCGUAAUUGCCUUAAUUUACCUCAAACAAGAACGACAAACUCAAAUCCAUCAUUUAUGUCGGCAUUGUUUAAUUUGGAAUCGAACUUGUAAUUUAGCUGUUAUCAGUCGAUAUUUCCUGUUGUAAAAACCAACCCACAACUCACGUAAUUUUUAAUUAAACUGAAUGGCAUCACUUAUUGAUUACUUUAGAAAUUGGCAAUGCAUGAAUAGCUUAUGCGAAGAAUGGCCUAUGAGAAAAAACGGAGGAGCGCGGAAAUGCCUACUUUUGUGUAUGGUUCUAACUUUAAUAAUUAUGUUUUUUUAUUACACCCAGUUUAGUAUUCACGCCUUUGAUGAAGAAUUUGUACUAAAUUAUUCCCGAACCAAACUAUGGGGAGAGGAAAGAUACUUAAUAAACACCUCAAAGUGUCGAAUUCGGAACAUUGAUCCUUUUAAUGAGGAAGUAAAGAAGUAUUACCAUCGCGAAAACUAUGUUCCUUGUUCCAAUAAAGAACUGUUAUCUUACGUUGAAAUAACGGACUCUCUCACUACUUUGCAUAUAAACCAAAGCUUGGUAACAGCAUACAGUGUUCUCAAGAUUUCGUGUUGUUACUCUUCUAUUAAUCGAAUCGUUCAAAAGAACAGGUCCGACGAUGGGAUUAGCGUUUCAGAAUGCGUUCCCUUCGAAGGCAGUGUGGAGAUAACCGAUAAUGUGGUUCUAGUCCUUUGCAAAAACUCGCUAGGUUCUGAGAUCUACAAAAACGUCCAUGCUGUGGUGACUCCUCGGGACCUCCCCCCGCGAAAAAAGCAACUUCCUCAAACCUCAAACUUCACCGGUGUUGUCUUAGUGGGAAUCGACAGUAUUUCGAAACUGAAUCUAGUUCGUACGAUGCCAAAAACGUACACUUUCUUAGAAGGGCACGAUUUUCUAAAUCUGAGAGGAUACACCAAAAUCGACGACAAUACUUUUCCCAAUUUGAUGGCCAUUUUGACGGGGAAACGGUGGGAAGAAGUGUACAAACACUGCGCCCCCGAUAAGAAUACGAUGAAUAACUGUGAUAUAAUAUGGGAUAAAUUUAACGAUUUAGGAUUUAUAACGGCCUAUGUUGAGGAUAUGACAGAGAUUGGAACGUUUAAUUACAAUAAUAGGUUAGGGUUCGGGGCUCCACCGACCGACUUUUAUUUCCGACAUUACAUGAUAGCCAGUGAACGGUUGCCUUCAAUUCGGAGGUCCCACACAUGUUCCGGACCGGAAAACACCGGUGAGAGAAUAAUGAAUCUAGCCAAAGACUUUCUAACUAUUAAACACUACCCGAAAUUCGGACUGUUUUGGAUGAACAGCUUCAGUCACGACAACAUAAACUUGCCUUCCUCAAUGGACGAGAAAAUAGUCUCUUUCCUAAAAGACAUUUACGAUCGCUUGGAUAACACCAUCCUCGUGUUCUUCAGCGAUCACGGCUUCAGGUUCGGAGACAUCCGCAACACUCACACCGGAUGGCUGGAGGAACGCCUUCCCUUCAUCUAUCUCCACUUCCCCCCAACUUUCAAGCAACAGUAUUCCAAGGAGUACCUAAACUUCCUCAUUAAUACCAAACGUCUCACUACCCCCUUCGACCUCCACAUGACUCUCCAAGACGUUCUGCUUCUCGCGAAUCAAAGUUACAAAGUGCGUCCUAGUCAGGCUUGCCCCAAAUGCCACUCCUUGUUCCAAGAAAUUCAAGAGUCUCGCACUUGCGAAGACGCUGCUAUUGAUCAACACUGGUGCGUAUGCAAGGGUCACGCUUACAUUAACCCCUUGACCCCGAUCGUACAAAAGGCCGCCGAUUUUAUGGUCGGGAAAAUAAACGCGAUUGUGAGAUCAGGCGAUGGAGGCAACUUAUGUGCACACUAUUAUUUGAAAAAGGUCACUUCGUCGGGACUGUCCGACGAGUACCAGAAUGAGGCGAACCAGAGUGUGAGUUUUCUCCUGAUUAUGAUCGAGACAAGGCCACCGGCCAAGUUUGAGGCCACGAUCGAAAUUGGGGCAAAGGGUAACAAGCCGGAUUUUCGUUUGUUAGGUGAUAUUAGUCGUACAAAUAGGUAUGGAGACAAUAGCAAAUGCAUCAAGAAUUGGUUGCAGAAAUAUUGCUACUGUGAUGGACUAUUCACUUCAAUUAAAAGUGCCAUAUGUCAUUUUUUGAAUUGUAUUUAAUUUUAUAUUUGUUGUAUUUACAAGAGUUAUAUUUUCAAUGUUAAUAAAGUUUGUUUUAUAUUUUCAAUA